AUGCAGUUCAAGGUGGAAAAGCGUCUGGUCAACCCAAACAAAAACGACGACGGCUGGAAUGAGUGGCUUGAAAAAAAUACUGGAGCUACGGUGACUAUCAUGAUUUACGAUUAUGGCAUGGAAGUCGUGACCGCCAAGGACCGAGUCGCCUUCUUAAAGGCUUGCAUUUUGCCGAGGGAGACCGACCGUGCUGGUGCAACAGCAGAGAGCUCUCUACGAGAGGUUGUGGAGGCGCUUCAACAGAAGUGGGGAGGUACAUUCCAAGCAUCGGCAACUGUUUGGCGCAUGUGGGCGAAUCGCAUAACGCGAAAUUUAGACCGUUCGACGUGGGCUGCGGAGAUUGCCAAUCUCCCACCGAGUAACAUCGUGCACCUACUGGAUCCAGCUGAGUCCCGCUUGGAGGCGCAUCUUACAGAUGUUGCUCAGUCUUCCAAUGUUGCGCUGGACUGUGUGAGAGCUUCAAUUGAGGAUUGCCACCAACUUCGAGGCUAUUUAGAUGCUGCUAGACGUUUUUUUGGAUGA